UGCAUCGUCCCGGAAUCCAAUCGUAACCGUCAGUUUUUGUAGUUAAUAUGAGUCGAACUGUCUUAAAGUUGUUGGUUUGAGCGUCUGUUUUACCACAUUUUACGUGAAAUUUGCGCUUCGGUGUUGUCCUCGCUAACGUCAACUUUGCUACGUGCAGGAGUGGGAAUUAGUCGAGUUAGCAGAUGAUAACAGAGCGUUGAGUUAGCGAAGCUAACCGUUUAGCCUCAAUUAUGCCCAAUUUUUGCGCGGCUCCAAACUGUACACGGAAGAGCACCCAGUCUGAUUUGGCCUUUUUUCGGUUUCCUCGGGAUCCGGAGAGAUGCAGGAUCUGGGUGGAGAAUUGCCGCAGGGCUGAUCUGGAGGCCAAAACGUCCGAUCAGCUGAAUAAACAUUACAGAUUAUGCGCCAAACACUUUGACCCAGCCAUGGUGUGCAAAACUAGUCCGUACAGGACGGUACUGAAGGACACGGCCAUCCCAACCAUAUUUGAUCUAACAAGCCAUCUGAAAAAUCCUCACACCAGACAUCGCAAGCAGAUUAAAGAACUCACUGACGAGGAUAUCCAGAGAAUGAAAGAAAGGCGAUUGGCUGCUUCUGCUCAGCAAACGGCUAAAACGGAUCAGGACGGCACAAACUCAGCUGAGAAUGAACCUCAACUGUCCACGGAGGAGAAGGAGUACCGGGACUAUCUGAGGUCCCUGUUCGAGAUUCUGCUCAUGCUGGCAAAACAGGGCAUCCCUUUAGAAGCUGACAGCGUCUCUGAAGCUGAGCUCAAGUCCAACAACUUCCAGGCCCUUCUGGAUUUCUGUAUGAACGCCGGAGAUCAAGCUCUGAGGAGAAGAUCCGAGACCACCGCUGUGAACUCCGAGUACCUUUCCGCGGCGCAGCAGAACCAGCUCCUGGACGUUUGCGAGAACAUGGUGAGGGAGGAGAUGCUCAUGGAGGUGAGGGAGAGCCGCUUCUUCUCCCUGGUGACCGGAGACCUCGUGGACUUCGCCGGCGAGAAACACCUGCCUCUGUUCUUGCGCUUCGUCAAUCAGCAGAACGUCCUCAGAGAGGAGCUUUUGGACUUCAUACCGAUCGUAGAUGAAGAUGAGUCCAUCGUCGUGGAACGGAUCGAGGCCCAGCUGACAGACCGCUGGGGGCUCAGCAUGGAGGACUGCCGCGGUCAGGCCCACGAGGCCACCGGCACCUCCACCACCAAGAUGAAAGCCGUGGCCGUGCUCCUGAUGGAGAAGUAUCCGCUGGCGUUGCACAUGCCGUGCUCGCACAUGGCGCUGAACGUCCACCUGGCCAACAACCUCCCUUUCCCCAACGUCCAGAUCGUUAUGGAGACUCUGAGGAGGAUCAGGUCCUUCUUUAAAGCCCCGUUCACUCGGGCGGAGUUGGAGAAAGCCAUCUCGACCCACCACCAGAAAAGCGAGGAGAAGGCAGAGGCGCUGAAGCAGAUGUGCGGCUCGGACUGGACGGAGCAGCACAACGCCUUCGACGUGCUGCUGGACGUUCUGCCGUCGCUGCUGCUGUGCGUGGACGGCGUGUGGGCCAACGGCGACGGGCGGUUUACCAGCCGCGUCACAGCGGACGCGUAUUCGAUUGGAGAAAGUCUAGCUGACUUUGAGGUCAUCGUCACCAUCGUCGUCCUGAAGAACGUCCUCACGUUCACCAGAGCCUUCGGGAGGAACCUCCAGGGCGAAACCCUGGAUGUGUUUUCCGCGGCCAACAGCCUAACGGCAGUUCUGCACUCGCUGAACGAGGUCAGCGAUAACAUCGAGGUCUACCACGAGUUCUGGUACGAGGAGGCCACGAGCAUGGCCGCCUCCAUGCAGAUCCCCGUGUCCAUCCCGAGGCUGUUCCUGCGGAAGCAGCGAGCGGCCGACAUGGGCGAGAUCCAGGCGGAGCCGUACUUCAAGGAGUACGUGACCAUCCCCGUCAUCCGCGGCAUCAUGCAGGAGGUGGAGGACAUGUUCUGCGACACCAACCUCAAAGCUCUGAAGUGCCUGACGCUGGUCCCGGCCGUCAUGGGCCAGAUGAAGUUCAACACGUCCGAGGAGAACCACGCCGAGUUUUACCGCACCGACCUCCCAAACCCCGACACGCUCCCCGCUGAGCUCCACUGCUGGAGGAUCAAAUGGAAGCACAGAGGCAAGGAGGUGCGCCUGCCCACCACCAUCCAGGAGACGCUGCAGCUGCCGGACGUCAAGUUCUUCCCCAACGUGGACGCCUUCCUGAAGGUGCUCUCCACUCUGCCGGCGCUCAAGCUGGAAGACGGCAAAGGUGCGACGGCUAGCGAACGCCUGCGGGCUUACCUCCACGACGUUCCUUCAGAGCAGAGGAACAAAAGUCUGGCCGUGCUGCACAUCAACACGCACGUGAGACACGACCUGGACGUGAUGGUGGACCAGUACUGCAGGCUGUACCCUGAGGACGAGGCUGAAGCAGAGCUGGAGGAAGCAGCCGAGGACGACAUCGUCACCACGGUGGUCUGAAGGUUCACCGUGUCUCAUCAGCUCGGUAGUUUUGGAGCUCCCUCGUGAGUUUUGCAGGAUUUUAACGAACAU